AUGGCGCCUGCUGCAAUCCGCCGCAAGCUCGUCAUCGUCGGCGACGGUGCCUGUGGGAAAACCUCCCUCCUCUGCGUCUUCGCGAUCGGCGAGUUCCCGCAAGAAUAUGAACCCACCAUCUUUGAGAACUACGUCGCCGAGAUCCGGCUCGAUGGCAAGCCCGUCCAGCUCGCUCUCUGGGACACAGCAGGGCAGGAGGAGUACGAACGACUACGACCGCUCUCCUACUCGCAAGCGCACGUCAUCCUCAUCGCCUUUGCUAUCGACACGCCCGAUUCGCUGGAGAACGUGCAGGUCAAGUGGAUGGAGGAAGUGCGCCAAAUAUGCGGACCCUCGGUGCCCGUGCUGCUCGUCGGGUGUAAGAAGGACUUGCGGGAGGAUGCCAUCGCAAAAGGGAAACCGGUAGAAGGGCACUUUGUCGAGAAGCAACAGGCGAAACAGGUCGCAGCGCAAAUCGGCGCCAAGUCGUAUCACGAGUGCUCCAGUCUCAAGAACCAGGGCGUCGAUGCAGUCUUUGAGGCGGCAACAAGGGCAGCCAUGCUGGUCAGGAGCACAGGCGCUUCAACGGGAGGCGCCAUCUCGCAAAGCAAGACCAAAGAGGCAUUACACAACGAUGCUGGCUCGUGCAAGUGCGUCGUCCUCUAG